UUUUUUAGUCCGCUAUUAUUUCUCUUCCCUCUCUCUCCAGCCACCAUGCAAAUUUCUUGAAAAACCAGUCUCCAUAAACAUCAAAUUCAGCUGAAACGCUCUGAUAUCAAUCUGUAUACCCGUCAUGAAUUAAACCUUUUUAUUAGUUCAGAAAUGGUUUCUCUUGAAGAAGAAGAAGAAGAAAAAAAAAAAAAAAAAGAAGACUUUCAUUCUCAUUCCUAUCCCUCUCGCUUCUCACAAAUGCCAUCUUAUUAUUACACUCCACCCCGCUCGUCUUCGGCCAACAUUCAGCGACCUCUUGCCAGGUCCAAUCUCAGCCAGACUGACCGCUCCUACUCAUUUCCCGGUCCAGCCGCCUGCGAAAGGUCGAUCAAUGUAUCCGAUUCAGUCAUCGACCUCCGCCUCGGCGAACUUGCUUCUCGCACCACCAAAUCGGUUAUUAAAUCCUCGUCUUCAGAAGAAGAAUUUCUGGAAUUCUCUCCAGCCUUUAGCAAUUUCUCGGCUUAUAGCAGCGAUAUUUCCGGCGAGUUACGCCGUUUGGCGAGUCUUCCAAGUGCCGAAAAAUCGGAUUCUGAUGCGAUUUUGGAACCCAAACCAGAGCCCUGCUUUGGGUUUUUGCAGAGAGAGAGCUUUUCGACGGAGAUAAUAGAAAAUAUUUCGCCGGAGGUUCUUCAACCGACGGUGAAAAUCUGCAUCGACGGCCUCAAUUCGCCGUCAAUCGCGGUUAAAAGAUCGGCGGCGGCGAAAUUGAGGCUACUAGCAAAGAACCGAUCCGAUAAUCGAGCGUUGAUCGGUUCAUCCGGUGCUAUACCAGCUCUACUACCUCUGUUGACGAGUAGUGACCCUUCGACUCAAGAACACGCGGUCACAGCUUUGCUUAAUCUGUCACUCCACGAAGAGAACAAGAAUUUGAUAACAAGUUCUGGGGCAAUAAAACCCCUCGUCUUCUUGUUGAAAACUGGAACUGAAACCUCAAAGCAAAACGCAGCGUGCGCUUUGUUGAGCUUAGCUUUGGUUGAGGAUAACAAGAUUUCAAUUGGAGCUUCUGGUGCGAUACCACCAUUGAUUGCUUUGUUGAUUAAUGGGUCAAAUAGAGGGCAAAAGGACUCACUGACGACUCUGUAUAAACUUUGUUCAGUGAAGCUGAAUAAGAAGAGGGCGGUGAGUGCUGGGGUGGUGAAGGUGUUGGUGGAGUUGGUGGGGGAGAACGGGGUGGGUCUGAUGGAGAAGGCGGUGGUGGUGUUGAGUAGUUUGGCGGCGAUUGGGGAGGGGAAGGAGGCAAUUGUGGAGGAAGGUGGGAUUGCAGCUCUUGUGGAGGCAAUUGAAGAUGGUUCGGCUAAAGGGAAGGAAUUGGCAGUGUUGACAUUGUUGCAGUUGUGCAGUGAUAGUGUGAGGAACAGAGGGUUGCUUGUUACGGAAGGUGGGAUUCCUCCUCUUGUCGCGCUUUCACAGAAUGGGACUGCUAAAGCCAAGCACAAGGCUGAAACCUUGCUUGGGUACUUGAGAGAACCAAGACAAGAAGGUUCUACUUCUAGUCAAUAGGGAGGUAUUUUAAAAUGAUCUAAUGUCAUGCUAAAAUUUGUAGAUUCUUCACUGUGUACAGGAAGUGUUUUGGUGGUUUGACCGAGUGGUUGAGAUAAUUGAAAGUGUACGAUGAAAGUGAAGAAAAUUGGUAGAAGCUAGUGAAAAGGAGAUGACCUUUUAGGUGUAUGGUUGUUGACUAGAAUAUUUGGAGUUUUUGUGCCCCUCUGUCAUUAGUUUUGUUCUGCGGAGGGGAAAACUUGUUUGCUUAGCUGGGUUUUAGGUUGUAGGUUGAUAAGGGUUUGAGUUAGGAUUGUUUUUAUUUUGUUUGGGUGAUCAAAAUUCUGUAUAAUGAGUUGCUAAUUGGGUGGUAUUGUUUAGUGAAAGUAGUGACUAUGCAGGAGUGAGUUUGUUUCCUUCUUAAUCAAAAGGUACUGUUUCCGUGAGACCUAUUGUUGCCAUAUAUCUGUUCUGUAUGCAUUUCUGGGUGACAUAUAUAACUCUUCUUUUUCAUCAAU